AUGGGGUUUGAAGAAAUAAAGUUGAACGAAAAGAUUAUCGAAAAAUUGAAGAAUAGAGGAAUAGCCGAACCGACUGAAAUACAGAGAAGAACAUUUCCAUCGGCUGCAAAUGGACACGAUCUAAUUGGUAUUUCACAAACUGGUUCUGGCAAAACUUUUGCAUUUCUUUUACCAAUAGUUCAACAGAUACUCUUAUCAGACAAACCAUUUCAUGCUCUCAUUUUGGUGCCAACACGAGAACUUGCACAACAGAUAUUUGACAUACUCAGUAUUUUUGACGGAUUGAACAUUAGGCAAGCUCUUCUUUCCGGUGGCGACAAUUUCAAUGAACAGACAAAUGCACUAAAUAAGAAGCCACAUAUCGUAAUUGGAACACCAGGAAGAGUGGCUAAACAUAUAGAGAAGACUAAAAAUUUUCAUAUUGAAAGGAUUAGAAAGUUGAUAUUUGAUGAAGCUGAUCGCUUUUUUGAACAAGAUUUUGUUCAAGAUCUUGAAAUAAUAUCAAAAAAACUCAUAAAGAAAAACCAAACUUUAAUGUUUACGGCUACACUAACAGACAGAUGUAAAGAUCUUGCCAAUAUUUUUAUGAGAUCGCCCAGAAUAUACUCUAUUUCUGAAAAUCUUGUUCAAAUUCCUACGCUUUUGGACAGCUUUGCAUUCAUUCCUGAAAAAUAUAAGCUCGUUGUACUAUACAACCAUCUUCAGGAAUAUAAGCACAGCUCUGUUAUUGUUUUUGUAGGUCUCUGCUCUACUUCUCAAAAGGUUGGGCUCACUUUAGCAAAACUAGGACUACCUUGUGAGUAUCUUCAUGGAAAACUUGUGCAAUCAAAGAGAAUGAAUACAGUUAAAAGAUUUAGAAACAAAGAGUUCAGUAUUUUGAUUUCAACAGAUGUGGCUAGUCGAGGGCUGGAUAUUCCACAUGUUGAGCUUGUCAUUAAUUUUGAUUUGCCUGACAAUUCAAAGAUUUAUACACACAGAAUAGGUAGACAGCCAGAGCAGGCAAAGAAGGUCUUGCAUUUUCUUUAG